AUGUCCAAGAAUGUUGUACGGCAUGAAAUAUUUGAAUGGAGAAGUCUUCAAAACCCAAUAUGCUCUGCGUAUUUUAAUUCUUUCUUUCUUUCCUCUUGUUCUUCUUCCUCUUAUGUGUCUACCUCUUCUUCUUCUUUUUACUCUUCUUCACGUUCUUCUUCUUAUUAUUCAUCUUCUUCUUCGCCGUUUUCUACAUCUUCUUCUUCGUCUUCCUCUUCUUCUUCCUCUUCUUUUUCCUCUUCUACAUCUUCCUCGUAUUCGUCUUCUUCUUCUUCGUCAUCUUCUUCCUCUUCUUCUUUCCCAUUGUGUUUGUCCUCUUCUUCAUACUCUUCCUCUUCUUUUUCCCCAAUGUGUUUGUCCUCUUCUUCAUCUUCUUCUUCUCCAUUGUGUUUGUCCUCUUCUUCCUCGUCUUCUUCCCCAUUGUGUUUGUCCUCUUCUUCAUCUUCUUCUUCUCCAUUGUGUUUGUCCUCUUCUUCAUCUUCUUCUUCUCCAUUGUGUUUGUCCUCUUCUUCCUCUUCUUCUUCCCCAUUGUGUUUGUCCUCUUCUUCAUCUUCUUCUUCUCCAUUGUGUUUGUCCUCUUCUUCAUCUUCUUCUUCUCCAUUGUGUUGGUCCUCUUCUUCAUCUUCUUCUUCUCCAUUGUGUUGGUCCUCUUCUUCAUCUUCUUCUUCUCCAUUGUGUUUGUCCUCUUCUUCAUCUUCUUCUUCUCCAUUGUGUUGGUCCUCUUCUUCAUCUUCUUCUUCUCCAUUGUGUUGGUCCUCUUCUUCAUCUUCUUCCUUUUCUUCUUCCUGUUCCUCUUCUUCAUCCUCUUACUAUUAUUAUUCUUCUUCCUCUACGUCUUCAUUUUUCUUCUUCCUCUUCUACUUCUUCUUCUUCUUCUUCCUAUUCGUCUACCCCCUCUCCUUCCCCUUUUAUUCCUCCUCUUCUUCUUCUUCGUCGUCUUCUUUCGUCCUUUUCAUCGUCCUCAUCUUGAUUGUCUUCGUCUUCUUCUUCGUCUUCUUUAUCUUCUUCUACUUCUGUUCGUAUUCUUCUUCCUAG